UAUCAGUUGUAAGGUUUUCAACAAUUGGAAUUCUUACAAUUCUUACCAUAUCGCUUCGUUUCUACAAAACUGCAUUUAUCUUGUGACUGUGCUGAUUGCCUCUUGCAUGUCUGGUUUAAUUAGUUUUAGAAAAUCUUUCUUUGGUCCUAUGGAAAUCAGUUGAACUUGGAUAAGCCAUGAGUGAAUCAGGGGAUUCGACAAGUAAAUUUGAUCCAUUGAACCUAGACUUCUCAGAGAUCGAUGAUGAGGAGUAUAAUAUACCCGCAGUUGAAGAGACUCCGACUCUGGAAAGUAUCCUAAACAAUGACCAAAAUUCCUUAAUGAGCGAAGAUGAACUGUCUGACUACUUGGCAGCAGAAAACCAAGGAUUUGGAACUGGAGGAUGUGGAAGUGAUACUGCCUCCAUAAGUAGCUUUGGAAGCCUUAAAGACACACCAUCAAAGACUGGACUCUUCAAUUUCACAGAGAGUAGGCACUAUGACCAUAUUCUGAGACAUAUCAUCCUGAAAGCCAUAUCGUCACAACUCAAGUCAGCAUGUGAGAGAGUAAACGCAGGACGGCCAACUGUCAUGGCUGUCUCCUCCAUGAUAGCUGUUGGUACAUCGCAUGGUUUAGUUCUUGUUUUUGACUCGGCACAAACUCUACGCUGGUGUCACGAAGGCAAUGAGGAACAAGGAUCUGUAUCUGCUCUUGACUUUAAUCACAACUGCUCCAGACUGUUGAUUGGCUAUGCACGAGGCUUGAUUCUUAUGUGUGAUGUUGCGGACGGGAAAGUUUUACGCACAAUGAAUCAAGUUCACACUCCUGCAACAGCUGUUCUUCAUGUCAAGUUCACAGAUAAUCCAAAUCUAGCUGUGUGCAGUGACAGUGGAGGCUCUGUUUUUGAAUUGAGUUUCAAGCGCACUCUUGGCAUCCGCAGCGUUGAUUCGAGAUGCAUAUUUUCUGGGAGUCGUGGCGAGGUGUGCUGCAUCGAACCUCUACGCUUGAAAGCUCUCACCACGCAUCCUCUUCAUGGUUCUAUCCUAGUUGCCAUGGCAACUCUAUCUAAGGUUAUUUUAGUAUGCAUUCGCCCAAAUACAAGGCUCCUUCUUACUCACUCUGUCAGCGCAAGUCCAGCGAAUCUCCCGCUUUUAACAUGGCAGUUUGUAGUUAUUCAACUCAAUGAUUCCUCUCAUGUCAUCGACCCUGUUCUGGCUUUUGCUCGAGAUUCAACCAUUCAUUUUUAUCAUAUCAAUGUCCUGGCAAGUGGUCGAAUUCAUUGCACAGUCCUAGAACAGCUCAACUUAGGAUAUUCUCUCCUAGCAUGCCAUUGGUUGAAUGCACGGAUAUUAGCAACUGUUGAUACACAAGAGCGUUUUCAUCUCAUAGACAUUCGCAGUCAAGAAGAGCUAGAAACCUUAGAUCUAUCUUGUGUCAGUCUAGUUUAUAACUCUAGUCAUUUCAAAGGUCUUUGCACGGGGGGCAACGUCAGCAAAGCCAUGGCUCUUGCAGGCGAAAGGGCAUGUUACAAUACAAUUAAAAGUUUUGGCAAUCAGGUUUUGUUCCUAGGCAUGCGCUCAUUUCAUGUCAUAAGCACUCGUAGCUGGCUGGAACGUUUAAAUAAUUUGUUAGAGCAGAAUCGGUAUGCAGCAGCCCUUCGAUUAGGAAUCGACUUUUUAGAAGAAAGAGGGAAAGGAGUCCUUGGUCUAAGUGGUCAUCGCAAACAACGAAAAAAACUUAUCUGGCAGAAGGUUCAUGAAAUGUUAACAACCUAUAUCAAUGCAGUAUUACAUGACAAUAAUGCAUUAAUGUACCAAGAAAAUCUUCCUGUGAUAAUUGAACAUUGCAUCCAUCUUCAAUGCGAGGAUCUGCUUUUUCAACAAGUUUGGAAUGGGGUGGAACAUAGCACAGUACCUAGAAAUAUCUUUCUUCAAAGCAUUGAAGGAUUCAUCCAAGAUGGUAAAAUUCGAAAUGUCUCUCCUGCAAUAAUGCAAAAGUUAGUUGAAUACCUAGAAAUGACACAUAGAUGGCAGGCCAUGGAAGAAUGCAUAGUAAAUGUCAAUGUCUCAUCUCUGGACAUCGAACAGGUUUUACAACAAUGUCGCAGUCACCAGCUUUAUGACGCUCUUAUUUCAGUCUGGAAUCAAGCCAUGAAUGAUUACACGACACCGCUACAAGAAUUGUUACCCCAAUUGCAAAGAAUGCUAAGCUCUGAUGGUGAUCGGAGUGAGGAAGCAAUCCGGUUAGGAAAUAAAUGUUUAGUGUACAUAAGUUGCUGUCUCUCAGGCAGGGGCUAUCCAAAUGGUGACAUUGAAGAGUCAAAAUGUGCGACGGUCCGAUCUCGUGUUUUUCAGUUCCUGUGUAGUCAACAUACAAUAAAUGCAGAUGAGUCAGAAGAAACUUAUCCGUACUUGCGACUGUUCCUAGAUUUCAACACUAAAGAGUUUUUGAAUGCUCUGUCAAUGGCAUUUCAAGACUCUUAUCUCUCCGUUCAACUACUUCAGCGUUUAGUCGACAUUCUAAUUUCUAUUACUCUCCAUGAAAAUAGCUCCAAGUCUCGGCAGGUUGGGUGGUUAUUCAGUUGGCUGGCUAAAGAAAUCAUGCGGCCCAAUUGUAGUCUGCGGCUAGAUUUGAACCUGUUUGAACAAGUUCUUGAAAUAUUAGUCUCAUCCAAUGAUGAACAGUGCACUCCAGAGGAAAAAGAGCAAAUCCUGCUUCAACUCAUUAGCACUGGUGCUUUGAAACAUAUACCGGAGGAGCGGAUACUGCAACUUGCACAAACUGCUGGAUAUCAUCAAGUCUGUGCCGAAAUCUAUGAAAGGCAAGGUAAUCACGAACAAGUUCUAAAAUGUCACCUCCUAGAUGACAGUCGGAAACCCCGCGUUUUUGAUUACCUCAAUGUUGCACCAGAGAAGAGCAAGCUGCAGCGUGCUGUAUCAGAGAACAUUGAUACAUUACUAGAGGUGAAUGGUUAUAAAACAGGACUCUUUGUUGGAACUCAUUUUGUGGAACUUACAUCAAGGGUGGUUCACACCAUGACUAAACAAAAGCAAUUUGAAUUUUUGCAGGGUGUAAUGGAUGCCAAAGCGGCUCUAUCACCGCCCGUUAUAACACUGUAUUUUCAGUUACUCUGUGAAUUCGAACCGAAUAGUGCUAUGAAAUUUAUUAUCGCUAACUGUGAUACCCUUCUAACUGACAUCGAGUCAUGUGUUGAAACAGCACAGAAGCAUAAUUUAGAAAUGGAAGAAGCUAUUCUGUGGGAAAAGGCAGGGAGUUAUAAGAAAUCUUUUAAUAUACUUUUCAAAAGACUUCAGUAUGCCAUAAGAAGUGGUAAAGAUGUAGAGUCAGCUACGGAGGAAUUGAUUUCCCUAAUUCUCCGUGGAUCGUCAGUUUUAGAUCCAAAAGAUACAUGGCUCCCUUUGCUGCAGUGCCUGGUACAAGUUAACUCACCGAAGUUAAUGAAAAGGGUUUUGAAUAGUGCUGACCUGAAUCUUGCUGCUGAGUUUCACUUGUUGUUGAAACAUACGACCGGCUCAUUAGGCGAUUAUCGUAGUUUAAUUAUGGGUCUGUUCGAGAAAUGUGUUUACGAGCAAGAAGUAUUGCAGAUUGCCGAACGAUCUCAUUAUUUAGAUUUGCACAACCAGCUCAAACAGUCAUUGAAUGGUGCUAAGAGAGGAAUCCCCAAUCCUGUUAUUUGUACUGUAUGUAAUAAAAAAUUUCAAUCGCAAAUGCUCUUGUUUCAUUGCACUCAUGGUUAUCAUAUGGAUUGUUUAAAACAACCAUUCCAGUGUGUAAAGUGCGAUUCAAAUUAAAGACCAAAGUUUUUUGGAUUUGAAUUUUUUUUUAAACAAAUAUUUUUUACUUUUGUUGAGAAUGUCACCUUUUGUAAAUUCUCUGUGUUAAGAGAGAAUCUCUGUUAGUCUCUGAAGAUUAUCGUGUUUGUUGUGAGCAAUUGUUCAUUUUUAAUCCAAGUGCCUCCAAUGAGACUAGAAAAUACAAUAAAUAGGCAUGUAGUAUUUUAAAAAAUGUCACUCAAGCACCAUAAUAUAAACUUAGAAAGUAUAUUAAAUAUACGAAGGAAAUUUGUGAUUUUGAAUCAAGUAAUUCAAAGCAAUUGAAUUCUAAAGAUAAGUUGUUACAGGAAUUUAAGUUAAAUUCUUAAGGAAGAAGGAGACCGUGUGAUUUUAUUUUAUUCGUAAGUUUACUUUUGAGUUAACAGGUUAACAGGAAAUUACCUGACCUGAAGUUCUCUCUCCAGUCUUCUGCAUCGUCCUUUUACUUAGCUUCAGGUCGAAUUUCUUCUUCAUUUCUUCUUUCAUUUUAUUUCCAUCAGCUCAACUUAUCUUCCACUCCAUUGGAGUAUGCAAGGCAUUAGGUACUGUUUUCGAAAAAUAAAAAGUUUAAAAUAUGCCAAAAUUUGUAUCGGAAUACAGUUUAUAGCCAUUUGAUGUCUUUAUCCUCCCAAUGCCAUAUAGCUCUGUCAGUUUGCUUUGCAUGAAAUAUUAUAUUUGCUAGAUCUGCCUGAGUAAAUCCAAGUUUAGUUUCAAAGGCUGAAAUGGUUAGAUGAACCUAUCCCAACAUUUAUCCCCUAAAAAACAUUUGUAUUAUUGCUGUAGUUCUAAGGUGGGUAUCAGUAGACAGGGAAACUAACUUUUUAUAAUACAGUUUCUCAACUUGAAAAACGAAAUUUUGCCUCUUUGAGGCUGACUUCUGAAUGCCUCUUAGUGACAUUAGUUAUGUUUGACCUCUCAACCAUUUCUCUUUUGGUUAAAAUUUUAAAGCAGAGGAAUUUUCUAUGAUCUCUUUUUUAAGCUGACCAACUGAAAAAAUAGUAAAUAUUUACAUUAUUAUUUCUCGAAAGUAAUAUUAAUCUGACAGGAGAGGUAAAACGGCUCUUUUUCAAAUUGGCAACAUCUAGUGAAAGGAAGUUUACGUUCUAAUUGAGGCGUUGAGUGCAAAAAGGGCCUUUAUUGGUUGCAGUCUUUGAGAAUCUACAGUGCUAAUUUUUAUUUUAGAGAGGAACUGAUUGGGUGGAUUUUCUGAAAUUGUACGUUUUCAGCACAGUAAAAUUAUGAAGAAUAUUCAGUAAAAGUUACAACAAAUUACAUACAUUUGCUUUAAUUAUAAUGAAUAAAACGUUAGUGGAGAUUUCGAGACACUGUAACCAUGAAAUGCCCUUUCUGCACCAAGCGCUUCAAUUGGACAUAUUUUUGCCAAACAGAGCUAUGUGCAUCAUUACGUGAGCCCAGAUAUGCACAUAUUCUAAGGGGUAUCAGGGCUCAUGUCUCAAUGCACAUAGUUCCGUUUGAUAGAAAUACGUCCAAUCAUAUUCAAUUAUAUUUCAAAUAUAAGUUCUGGAAGAAUAUUUUCAUGAGCCAUGAUGCUAAUCAUGGAUUUGAAAGUGUCAGCCAGAGAAAAACCUGAAUCUCCACAUUUUAGACCUUUUUGAAGUGAACUCUGUGUAGAAUUAAAAGAGUCGUAGGUCACUGCGCCAUAUAGGACACCAAAAAAUGGUAGUGCGAAAAAUCAGUUACAGAUAAUUUCUGAAGCUAAGUUACAUCAUAAGAUCAUUGUUUUUGAAGUAUAGUCCAUUGUGGUACCAGCGUGUAUUACUUCCUGCGUGAUUGUAUCAUCUUAUUUCUUAUAGAUCCCGGUCGGUAAAAUGUUUCUCAAUAAUGUUUAGAUUAUCCUGUACAUCAUUUUCUUUCCUUUUUUUUUUUUUUGUUGUCGAAAGUGAAUUUUUAUUCUGACAGCUUCUGCCUUACUCCUAAAGCGUUCAUUUAGUAAGUAUGUUUUUCAUUUGGAAAUGCAAACCUGAUUUCUUAUCAGAAAGAGCACUUUCAGUCGUGCUAAUUAUACAUGCCUAAAAUAAAAGCUGAGUUAUUAGUCUAGUCAUUCAGUCGCAUUUAAGUAAGUGUAUUUGAACAUUUCCAUUCUAAUAUCUGUCUUUUAAAUUGAACUACUUGUACACAUGAUCAUGUGUUUUAUGUUAUUAAAAAUUUAUAUUUAUGUUAUUGAA